AGCUUCCGGGUGCUUUGUCCCCUCGAACCUCCUAACAGGAGGUUUUCUGCCCUUCAUCCGUUCAGGGUUUACAUGCCUCUCGCCGAGGUUCGGGCGUUCACUUAAAAAUGGCCUUGCUACGCCACUGUAAGCUACUGUUUAAUCAUAAACAUUGUAUAUAAAAAAUAUUAAUCGAUAAUUUACUGUUAUUAAAGCACACCAUACAUAUAUAUAAAUAAAAAUAAUACAUGGUCACACGUAGUAGAGAACCAUAUACAGGAAUGCAGAUGAAUGAUGAUUUUGGCCAAGGUGUCUGUAUGCCACCAGCUGAAAUACCAUCAGAGGUUAAUGUACUCAUUAGCAGUGCACAUAUUACAACAGCUGAUGCAAUACCUGAACAAAAUGUAUUGAUUGUCAAUGACAUAAAGAAUCAAGAAGAUGAUGCAACAUCGAAUACAAAACAGUCAUUAAGGGAAAGAUUGGUGAAAGAUGAUAUUUUCAGGCGUAAAUUUAUAUUAUGGAUUUUCCUUUGUAUGUCUAGCGGCAUUCUGGGUUGGGUUAUUGGACAAUUAGGUCCUUCGCUGCUGGACCUGAAAGAGAUAACUAAUUGCAGACUAGAGGAAGCUUCGUUUUUUCUGACGUCGGUGUUUAUUGGCUAUCUUAUGGGAACAAUUGUCAGUGGAGCAAUAUACAAGCGGAUGAACCCGUUCUUGCUGAUUUUCCUUGGAAUAACCGCUCUCGGUGUCACAUCUGCGGCGAUUCCGUGGUGCUCUCUUUAUGGAGUAAUGAUUUCUAUGCAUAUACUAAAGGGUUUUGGUUUUGGCGUUCUCGAUACAGCCGGAAAUUCUGUGUUUAUUUUCAACUUUAAACACGAGAAGGGAAUACAGUCAUAUCUACAUGCCAUACAUCUCAUGUUUGCUGUUGGUGGGUUUUUGUCUCCAAUAGCAACAGCGCCGUUUCUAAUGCAGGAUCUUCCUAGCACACAAAUGGACGAAAAUCUAAACUUAACCAUCUACCAAAAUACUAGUUUGUUAUCAACAUCAAGUUUACCUUCUAUUUUAUUCAUAAAAAACAGCACUGAUUUUUCAAAAGUGCAGUAUGCUUUACAGACGGCUAACAAUUCUAACAUGACAUAUAAUGAUGAUUUACAUGAUAGAAACAAUACUGAGCACAUUCAAAGACGUUCAGUACUGUACAAAGCAUAUCUGAUUUCAGCAGGCCUCUGUUUCAUGCUUGCGAUACCAUUUCUUUUCAUGUGUUUUACCAACAAUGAAACAUACAAGGAAGAGAAAUCGAAACAAAUGGAUAAAAAAACGGAAUUGCCUAUCCGUAUAAAAUUUAGUAUUCUUUUUUUAAUGUGCCUUUUCUUAGGAAUCGACAACGGAAUGGAAGAUACAUUUUUUGGACUAUUUACUACAUUCGUUGUGGUUCAGCUUGGAUGGACGAAAAAAAGCGGAUCAUACAUAACUUCUCUUUAUUGGGCAUCAUUUGCUUGUGGUCGUCUUAGUGCUAUUUUUAUCGGCCGAAGAUUGAAAGCUUCAAAAUUAUUACUUUAUUACACUAACGUUUUUCUCUUAGCUAUGAUUGGACUUUUUGUGUCCACAAAAUUUACUUUUGAUAUAGGAAUUUGGAUAUUUUUUCCAGUUAUGGGAUUUACCGUAUCUGUUUUCUUUCCAUCAAUAUUUAUAUGGACGCAAGAUUUUCUAACUGUUGCUGGAAAAGUGUCAUCACUUUUAUUAAUUGCGGCGUCAUUAGGAUCUAUGCUUAACCCGAUUUUGAUUGGAUAUUUAAUGGAUAAUAACGAUUCAAUGUGGUUUGCUUAUAUAACAUUAGCGGAUGGUAUUGUAAUGUGGAUUAUGGUGUGGGUAGCUACUUAUGUUUCUCAUUAUGUUAAAAAAUAUCGUGUGGAUAUAAUAGUUGAAUGUACUGAAAUUCAAGAAAAUAGUUCAUAAUAGUAUGUCAGGGUUGAAAUCCCUGUAACACGUGCGAUUAAUGUGUUGUGUUGUAUAAAACUUCACCAGGAACGCUCCGAGCUAAAAAUUGGGCAACCAAAGAGGAAUAAUACAUUUGGAACGGUUAUGCAAAAAAUGGAAUUAAAAGAAUCAUCAAAAACCGUCAUAGGGCAACUUCCAGUUUGCCUAUAAAAGUUGCUAAAAUAGUUUUUUUUUUAAUAAAUUAUUAAUUUUUAACUUACUUUUACGUUGAAAUUUAAAGAGACAAUCUAAAAUAAGUAUAAAAUAAGUUAUUUUGUAUUGUUGUUCAGAUAUGUUUAAAGAACGUUUUUUGCAUGUAUAGUAAAAGCAAUAUUACCACCCUGGUAAGAUAGAGCGGAGAAUAUGAAGUUUGUUUCGACCCUUAUGUCUAUUGUUUUUUAAAUUUUGAAAUAAGAAAAAAAAAUAAUGUGGAGCUGUCUUACACACACACAUAUAUAUAUAUAUAUAUAUAUAGCGGUACGCCACUAGUAAAUUGAUAUGUAUCAUGGCUUGAACGCGGUGAAUUCGACCUAAACAUCAUCUGAAAUGUCUAAACAUGAAAUACUUCUUGAUAAGUGUUUGAGUAAAAUUUCAGAUAUCUCUUUGCAGGACAUUUAACACCUAUUUAUGACAUUUUUAUAGGUUCUGAAGAUAGUGACUGGCGUCAUGAAGAAAGGAAUUUUAUUCUAAAUAACUUCCAGGUUGUCGUUUGUUGAUGUGGUUCAUAAGUGUUUCUCGUUUCUCGUUUUUUAUAUUGAUUAGACCGUUGGUUUUUCUGUUUGAAUGGUUUUUACACUAGUCAUUUUGUGGGCCCUUUAUAGCUUACUGUUCGGUGUGAGCCAAGGCUCCGUGUUGAAGGCCGUACUUUAACCUAUAAUGGUUUACUUUUACAAAUUGUGACUUGGAUGGAGAGUUGUGUCAUUGGCACUCAUACCACAUCUUCUUAUAUCUAUUUGUAAAUAAAUUUACUUCCUCUUAUCAAUACGAUUUUACAAUGUAAAAUAAGAAUAGAGGGGCAUCAUAUAUAAACAACUGUUAUUGUGAAAUCGUGUUGAUCGUAAAAUAAGAAUAGAGGGCAUCAUAUAUAAACUACUGUUAUUGUAAAAUCAUGUUGAUUAGAGCAAGAACACAUGAAAUAAUCAGUUACAAUAUUAGGGGCCUUUACCUAAAACAAUUAAAAAAUAAUGAUAAUUAGGAAAAAACAGAACAUUCCUGUUGCAGCCAUACAGUUAGUUUAAUCUCGUAGUUAAAUGGUGGCGUUAAAAAAAUUACAAUAACCGUCAUUGCAUGAUCAAAAUCUGCAUUGUUGAUAUAUUUUUUUUUAUUUUGUUGAAUAUGAAAUGACAUUGUCGUGUUUGUGUCAUUAAAUAUUUAUAGCAAUUUA